CUGAAGUGAUGUAAGAGACGGAGGGAGGGAGAAGAGAAGAAGUGCGGCGAGGAAGGGAGAGAGAGUGACAGAGCUGCUCGGAGCUCUGAUGCGCUCCUUACUUUCGGAGACCCAGACAGAGAGCAGAGAGUCCCCAGCGGGGAUCCAAACAGAGAUUAAGUUUGACUCCAUUUGAAGUGGCUGGGUCUCCGGGUAACAGCACCUUGGACAGGGACGAGCCGCGGAUCAGCCGGAGGAGAGAGCGCCAAAUGUCCGGGCUUUCCUCAGCUCCUGUCCCUGCCGGGGUCCGGCGUUCUCUUGUCGCCGCUCUCUAAUUUCCCCCGCAAUGGGCUUUUAGAGUGUCCAUCGCAUGAUAAAAGCAGAGAAUGCCCUUGACGACGGUCUGCGCACAGCUGUACUCAGAAUGAUUGCACGGGAAACUGCGCGAACGGUGUAACGCUCUAAUUGCGCCUCUUGUUUUUUUUUUUUUUUAUGUUUAACCAAAGUUAGAAGCGUCUUUGCCAACACAUUGCAACUUUAAAGAGCUAUUCGUGCUGCCAUGGGGAUAAAGCACGUUCUCCUGCUGCUUAUAUAUCUGGACCUCAUCUGCGUCCUGAGCGCAGCCGCGGCGGGCAAAAAGCCCAAGCAAGCGCCCAGGAAAGCCCCCAAAGCCACGGUGGUCCCCACGGUCGCCCCGCAGCCAGCGCCCGCCAGGGACCACGACACCUGCCAGGGCUACUACGACGUCAGCGGCCAGUACGACAAGAUGUUCGAGUGCAACAACACGGACCACCGCUACUGCUGCGGGACGUGCUACCUGCGCUUCUGCUGCGAGUACAAGAAGGACCGACUGGACCAGAACAUCUGCAGGAACAGAGAGAAGCCCAACUGGGUGAAGACGGUGACCCCGUCGCCCACCCCGACCAUCGACACGGAUGAGCUGAGCAUGGAUCACACCAACACGGCGGUCUACAUCACCUGCGGGGUCAUAGCCUUCAUCAUAGUGCUGGGAGUGUCGGUCAAAGUGGCCUACGACAAAGCCACCGAGCCUCCUCAGGAGAUGAAUAUACACAGGGCCCUUGCAGACAUUCUGAGGCAGCAGGGGCCCAUCCCUAUUUCCCAAUAUGACUGUGAGAAUUUUGCUGCGAUGAACGGCUCGCCGAAAGACAACACGCCAGUCAGAACCUCGUCGAAGAACCACUACACCCCUGUGCACGCCUCCAAAUCCAACCACGGUCUCCACUACGGAAAAGAGAGCAUCCGCAGCAGCGGAGGUGGCGACCUUCACAACUUCAUCUCCUCUGGCUUUGUGACGCUUGGCCGAGGCCAUCAGAAAGGUAAAGCGCCACCCCUUUUUUCUCUCCCCCUUUCCCCCCCCCCUCCCUUUCUCUUUUCUCAUGCAGGUGAUCUCCCCUCAUCUACCAACACUGCGCUGUAUACCUGCUGAAUGCAAAUCCCCCCUCUAAUAAUCCACUUGCAACACUGGUGAUCAACAACAAGACACUUGAUGAAGGUGAAAUGUUUGCAGAUUCAAUUUCCCUCCCCGUGGAAUUCACACGGACUCCUGCCUCUGCGUUUUUUUGCAAUUAAGCACAAGCGAACGCGCACCAGCCCCUGCUGAUGGGUGACGCAGGGGCGGAGAAGGUGACUUCAAACGCGUACACACACAAUCACGACCAGAUGCCGGUGGUUGGCGGUGGGUGCAGGGGGGCAACGUUUUUUUUUUUCCCAUGGGUAACACGCUAAUUAGCAUGCAGCUAAGAUCUUGUGAUUUAUUCCGUUUAAUUUUGGUUCCGUUAAACCAGAUGCGGUGCAUGGGAGCACACAAACU